GCUCCUCCCCUCAGUCCCAUUUAAAGCUCCCACAGGCUUUACGGACAAUUUUUAAGUGGGCUCAAUUUCUGCAGCACCUUCUACCACUUCAAGAUGAACACCGUUCUGCCUUGCCAAGACCAGUACUUCGUAGGAGGCCAGAGCUGUAAUUGCCCGUACUCCACUACAACAUCAGAAUCUAGUGUUGACGUUUCCACGGAGACUUGGGUCUCUCUCUGGGCUGCUGGUCUCCUGGACAACAGAGAGCCCCAACAAGCACCACAGGCACAGGGAUCAUCCGGUGACUCGAAUUUUCCUGUUCUGGACGCAUGCUCAUGGGAAGAAGCUCAACUCUUCUCUCAGCUCUACAGAAAUAAGCAGCUCCAAGAUACUCUGGUGCAGAAGGAAGAAGAACUUGCUAGGUUACAUGAGGAGAAUAAUCACCUCAGACAAUACCUGAAUUCUGCUUUGGUUAAAUGUCUUGAAGAGAAGGCCAAGAAGUUGCUUUCCUCAAAUGAGUUCUCCAAAGCAUGUGGGAAAUUCAGGAAGGGGAAGAGGAAACCCAGAGAGCAAAGGUCCUCUUCUGCUGAGAUUCCCCAUCCCAAAAACGUCAAGCGAAACCUUGCUCCUGAGUUUGCUAGCUGUGAAGAGCAACCUGGGCCCCCUGUGGACCCCUGGGUCCUUCAAACUCUCGGCUUAAAAGACCUCAACACGAUUGAUGACAGCUUGCCAGCUAACUACAGUGCCCUCUCCUCUCAUCCCGGAAGAGUCACCAGCACAUUUUUCCAGUUUCUGAAUGAGGCAGGUGACGGUGAAAGUGUUCGCAGAGAGGAUCUGCUGACUGACGGUGGGGGUGACAGGAAAAUCCCCUUGCACAGCACUGCCAGCCAUGGGGAGGAUUUUCACUUCCUUUCUCAACGUCCAAAUCCCCCCGUGGGGCUGCAAACUCCUCCUUACUAUACGGCUGAUGUGUCACCCAAUAAGACAGAGAUGGCCUUUUCCACCUCCCUGAGCCCUCACUGUAAUGUGAAAACUCAUUCCUUCCACCAAGGACAAGCCUUUGUACGUAGAGAUGAGGAGGGAGGCUGGAAGUUUACCUGGGUCCCUAAGCAGUCUUAGUGACCCUUCUUCGAUCACAAAGCACUGCCAUGAACUCUGUUUACAAAGGCAUCUCUUGCACUUGAACCUAUGUGGGACAGAGUCUAUUGCUCGGACUGUUUCCUGCCACUUUAAAUGUCACAGUUGCUUACCUUCGUAAGUCUGCAGGGAAUGGCUUCCAAGUGUCCAUAAUGAAACGUGCCUGUGCUUCUUUCACCUAAAUUUGGUUUGUUUACACACCAACUUCCAGCUGUUGACUUCCCAUCUUUGUCCUAUACUUGAAGAGGUAUUUCUGAUCAUCUGUAUAUUUGUUCCUUCAAGACCUAGGUAUACUUUUCUGGUUAUAUAGUACAUUUAACAGCUUCUCUUCUUUAAAUGUUCACAGUGUGUUCACUCUUUUGUCUUCCCUGAUCUUUGUUCCUGAAAACUGCCUUUAGAAUGAGCCAUGUUGCUUCAAGCAUGUGUUCCUAGUGUUCACAUAGCCGUGUGUGGUAGAAACACUGUUUUAACCCAACACCACUACUGAAGACAUAAUUUGGAUGUGAGCAAUGUUAUACCCAGGGCAGUUCAAAAACUUGAGUAUGCCAUUGUGGCAUUGGAGAAGACUCUUAAAUUAACCGUAACUCUACUGAUAAACAGUGCCACUGAAUUAGCUUUAAAAAGUAAAGAGAAAGUAAAGAGAAUUAAAGUUCCUUCAACACGCCUUUAGUAUAUCAACCUCUAUUGAUAUAUCACAUUGUGUCUUGGUUUCUUUUUUUGGAGAGGUUUUUGCUAUAGGGCAUGUACGCU